AUGAGUUUGCAUAGUCAGAAUUCACAAGAAUCAAAGCCGAAACAAGAGAUGGAGACUCCAUUAGAUCUAGAAGAAGAUUUACCACGUCACAAUACCAACCAAAUACCCGAUGGUGGUAGAGGAUGGAUAGUUGUUCUCGGAGUUUUUCUAUUGAAUUUUGGAUCUUGGGGUGCUAAUAGUGGGUUUGCAAUUUAUCUUAAUUACGAUUUAAGUAAUCAUGUCUUUAAAGGUGCAACUAAAGUAGAUUAUGCUUUAAUUGGUGGGUUUGCGCUCGGUUUAGGUAUUAUAUUUUGUCCUUUUAUAAAUUAUUUACAAGGUAUAUUAGGUACUAGAGGACUUAUUUUAUUAGGUAAUAUCUUACAAUUUGCUGGUGUUUUCAUGGCAAGUUUUACUAAAAAAUUAUGGCAAUUAUAUUUAACUCAAGGGGUUUUAAAUAGUUUUGGUUUAGCUUGUAUAUCAUUACCAGCUAUUACUUUACUUCCUCAAUGGUUUAAGAAAAGAAGAACUUUUGCCGGGGGUCUUGGUACCGGUGGUUCAGGAAUUGGGGGGAUUGUUUUCAAUCUUGGUAUGCAGAAAGUUUUGCAAGCAAGAUCAGUUUGGUGGGCUUUAAGAGCUCAAAGUAUUCUUUGUCUCGGUAUUAUUUCAAUUGGGAUCUUAUUAGUGAAAGCAAGAACUGAGAGGAAAAUCGAAUUUACUGCUUUUGAUAAACAAGUUGCAAAAUGUGCCGGAUUUUAUCUUUUGGUUAUAUUCGUUAUAACUUGUAUGUUUGGUUACGCUAUUUGCUUAUAUACAAUGGUUAAUUUCACUGUUUCUUUAGGUUAUACACCUUAUCAGGGAUCUAUUGCUUCUGCCAUGGUUCAAGUUGGUUCAUUUUUCGGUAGACCCACUGUUGGUCUCAUUUCUGAUAAAGUUGGUGCUUUAUCAAUGGGUUGUAUCGUCUAUAUUUUAACCGCAGUUUUCACUUUGGGAAUGUGGUUACCUGCAAGAAACUAUGCUACCAUCAUUGCUUUCAGUAUUAUAAUUGGUCUGAUUAUGGGUUCUAUCUAUGGGAUCUUACCAGUGAUUGUCGCUAGAUUGGUUGGUCUUAAAAAAUUAAAUGUUACUUUCUCCAUGAUCUGGCUGUUUGUUGGUGGUGCAGGAAUUGCUUCUCCAGUAAUUGGUCUUGUUUUAACAACCAACUCAAUUGGUCCUGAUAAAUAUAGCCAUUGUAUCAUAUUUGCUGGUUGUUCAUUUGCUGUUUCUGCUUUAUGCUUGGUCAUCCUUAGAGGUUAUAUCAUAGCAAGAGAUAAAAUAGCCAAUGGUGAAUCCGAUCCAGAUAUGGGCUCUACAAAGGUUUGAAAUUUUUGCAUCAUCGAUAUUGUAUAUAUUCAGUUUUUCUAAUCUUUUCGCAAUCAUUUUUCAUUUUUAUUAUCCUGUUCACUCAUGGGUUUCAACUUGCAUUAUAAAACUUAAACAUAGCAUCUCAAAUCAUUUUC